GGAAAACCCUACAGGUGUGAGGAGUGCAGCAAGCAAUUCCGUCAGCUUCCUCAUCUAAAGAAACACAUACGCACUCACACAGGUGAGAAACCCUACAGAUGUGAGGAAUGUAGCAGACAGUUCAGUAGCUUGAGUCAUCUUAAGUCUCAUAUGAGAAUACAUACCGGGGAGAAACCCUACAGAUGUGAGAAGUGCGGCAGGCAGUUCAGUGAGUUGUGUACUCUGAAGAGUCACGUGAGGACUCACACAGGUGAGAAACCCUACAGGUGUGAGAACUGUACCAAGCAAUUCAGUAGAAUGUAUCAUUUAAAGACUCACAUGCGCACUCACACCGGUGAGAAACCCUACAAGUGUGAGGAGUGCAGUAUGCAGUUCAGCCAUCUCAGUACCCUGAAGAACCACAUCCGCACUCACACGGGGGAGAAACCUUACAAGUGUGAGGAGUGCGGCAGGCGAUUCGCUCAGUCGGGUGAUCUGAAGCAGCACGUGCGGACACACACAGGUGAAAACCCCUACAGAUGUGAGGAGUGCAGCAGUCAGUUCAGUAGGAGACAUCAUCUAAAGACUCACAUGCGCACUCACACAGGUGAGAAACCCUUCAAGUGUGAUGAGUGCAGCAAGAAGUUCAGUCAGAUGGGUACUCUGCAGACUCACAUACAGACACACACUGGGGAGAAACCCUACAGGUGUGAGGAAUGCGGCAGGCAAUUCCGUCAGCUUGCUCAUUUAAAGAAACACAUACGUACUCACACAGGUGAGAAACCUUACAGAUGUGAGGAAUGUAGCAAACAGUUCAGUUGCUUGGGUCAUCUUAAGUCUCAUAUGAGAAUACACACCGGGGAGAAACCCUACAGAUGUGAGAAGUGCGGCAGGCAGUUCAGUGAGUUGUAUGCUCUGAAGAGUCACGUGCGGACUCACACAGGUGAGAAACCCUACAGAUGUGAGGAAUGUAACGGGCGAUUCAGGAGAAUGGAUCAUCUAAAGACUCACAAGCGCACUCACACCGGUGAGAAACCCUACAAGUGUGAAGCAUGUGGCAAGCAGUUCAGUACGCUGAGUGCUAUGAAGACUCACAUGCGCACUCACACAGGAGAGAAACCCUACAGGUGUGAGGGGUGCAGCAGGCAGUUCAGUGAGCUGGGUCAUCUGAAGUCCCAUAUGCGCACCCACACAGGGGAAAAACCCUUCAGGUGUGAGGAGUGCAGCAGGCAGUUCAGUCAGCCGGGCAGUCUAAAGACUCACAUGCGCUCUCACACUGGGGAGAAACCUUACAAGUGUGAGCAGUGUAGUAAACAGUUUAGUCAUCUGUGUCAUCUUAAGACUCACAUACGGACUCACAUUGGUGCAAAACCCUCCCAGUGCGACGCGUACACGGUACAGCGUACAGCGCACAGACCCGAGUGCUGACUCACAAAAGGGAGAAACGCUACAGGUGUGAGGAGUGCAGCAAGUGGUUGAGAGUUGAACAGAGAUAUAUAAUAACUCGCACAGGUAAACCUGUGUACUGUGACCCGUGCAUAUGUUUAGCUGUACUGGAUAUUACAAGAAAACACGACCUUGUCCCUACGAGUUGAGGGUAGAAGAAAACUAUAUUUACUUUGUUAAACUUGAUAAAGAGGAAUUGAGGUAUGUUGACCAUGUAGUUGUUUUUCCUGUGAAGACAGGAAAUAGUUGUCGAUAUAAGUUUCUUGCUAUUGUUUCUUUACGACAAGAAAUAGUCGUAGAGAUAAUUAUAUGAUUGUGCGUCAUUUGUUAGUACAAUAAUAGGAAAUAGUGGUAGGAACACUUUUGUUGGUUCGAGUGUGAAAAAUGGCCGAAGGGAUAAGGCUGACGUCAUUGUUGGUUCAAGUAAAGGCCUGUCAUAGACUAUGUUUAAGGCUUUCGUAACUGUUGUCUGAACGAUAUGAAAUAGCUUUAGAGAUAACUUUAUUCUUGCAAUUGUUGACUUUGUUCUUGUUGGUGGUAGGGAAUUUGUAUGUACAACAUUGUUCGUUAAUCGAUAGAAAAAAGUUAUAUAAGUUUGUUGAUAAGUCGUGAAAUUUAUGAGAAAACUUCGUUUCACUGUUGCGUCACGCCGGGAAACUCGAAUAAGCCUGUCAUUGUUGAUUUUAUGAUAGAGAAGUUCAAAGCUAGGGAUACGUUUGUUGGCAUAGUGGUUCAAUGAUAG